CUACGCGAAGUCUCCGAGAAACUUAACAAGUACAGCUAUAACAGUCAUCCUCAUCUUAGUCUGCUUGAGCAGGCCGUCCUAAAACAGUGCGUUGUCGGUCCAAACCAUGCCGGAUUUCUCCUCGAGGAUGGCCGUGUUUGCAGAAUUAGCUUUGCUGUUCAGCCUGACCGCCUGGAGCUCAACAAACCGGACGGGAACGAUGGUUCAAAGUUGAGCAGUGGUUCAGGGACAGGAAGGAGCUCCAGGCCAGGCAGGACCAGUGAUCCACCCUGGUUCCUGUCUGGUUCUGACACACUGGGCAGACUGGCAGGCAACACCCUUGGGAGUCGCUGGAGCUCUGGCGUAAAUGGAGGCAGUGGAGGAAGUGGAGGUGGAGGAGGAGCUGGAGGAGGUGGAGCAGUAAGCGGCAGUAGUGGAGGAGGCGGCGGCAGUGGAGGAGGAGGAGGAGGCGGAAGUACGUCGGGCAGGUCGUCAACGGCAGCUCGCGACUCCCGUCGCCAGACCAGGGUGAUCCGCACCGGAAGGGAUCGCGGCUCAGGGCUUCUGGGCAGCCAGCCUCAACCGGUCAUACCAGCAUCGGUCAUCCCAGAGGAACUCAUCACCCAGGCCCAGGUAGUCCUUCAGGGAAAAUCGAGGAGCGUGAUCAUCAGGGAACUCCAGAGGACUAACCUGGAUGUCAAUCUGGCCGUCAACAACCUACUCAGCCGGGAUGACGAAGAUGGAGAUGAUGGCGACGACACGGCCAGUGAGUCCUACCUCCCAGGAGAGGACUUGAUGUCUCUGUUGGAUGCAGACAUUCACUCAGCCCAUCCGAGUGUCAUUAUUGACGCUGAUGCCAUGUUCUCGGAGGACAUCAGCUACUUUGGCUACCCUUCAUUUAGACGCUCCUCACUUUCUCGCCUCGGAUCCUCCAGAGUUCUCCUUCUUCCCCUAGAGCGCGACUCAGAGCUGUUGCGUGAACGCGAGUCUGUGUUGAGGUUACGUGAGCGCCGGUGGCUGGACGGGGCAUCCUUUGACACCGAGCGAGGGUCCACCAGCCGCGAGGGAGAGCCCAGCCUGGACAAAAAGAGCAUUCCGGUGCAGAGCCCCGUCUCCCUGGGGGAGGAGCUCCAAUGGUGGCCUGACAAGGAUGGUGUGAAGUUUGUUAGUAUUGGAGCUAUGUUCUCAGAGCUGGUAGCUGUGAGUUCCAAAGGAGAGCUUUAUCAGUGGAAAUGGAGCGAACCCGAACCAUACAGGAAUGCACAGAAUCCUUCCAUUCACCACCCUCGUGUGUCCUUCCUUGGCCUGACCAAUGAGAAAAUCACUUUACUGUCUGCCAACAGCAUCAGAGCCACUGUAGCGACAGAAACCAACAAGGUGGCCACCUGGGUGGAUGAUACGCUAAGCACUGUGGCUUCUAAACUGGAGCACAGUGCUCAGGCUUUCCCUGAGCUGCAGGGGGAGCGCAUGGUGUCCCUACACUGCUGUGCUCUCUACACCUGCGCACAGCUGGAGAAUAGCCUCUACUGGUGGGGUGUUGUGCCUUUUAGUCAAAGAAAGAAGAUGCUUGAAAAGGCCAGAGCUAAGAACAAAAAGCCAAAGUCCAGUGCUGGCAUCUCCUCAAUACCCAACAUCACUGUGGGAACACAGGUAUGCUUGAGGAACAACCCCCUCUACCAUGCCGGUGCCGUGGCCUUUUCUGUCAGUGCCGGAAUUCCCAAAGUAGGAGUCCUUUUGGAGUCUGUUUGGAACAUGAAUGACAGCUGCAGGUUCCAGCUGCGCUCUCCAGAGAGCCUGAAGAACAUGGAGAAGACCACUAAGACCCAGGAAAUCAAGAUGGAAAGCAAACCAGAGCUGGUGAAGACUGAGAUGGGUCCUCCUCCCUCCCCGGCUUCUACAUGCAGUGAUACCUCCUCCAUUGCUAGCAGUGCCUCGCUGCCCUACAAGCGAAGGCGUUCUACCCCAGCACCAAAAGAGGAAGAGAAGGUGAACGAGGAGCAGUGGCCUCUCAGGGAGGUGGUCUUUGUGGAGGAUGUUAAGAAUGUUCCUGUGGGAAAGGUGCUGAAGGUGGACGGUGCCUACGUUGCGGUGAAGUUCCCCGGAACGUCAACCAGCGUGAGCAACCAGAGCGCUGCUGCUCCGGCCGACCCCGACCCGUCAUCACUGCUGCAGGACUGCAGGCUGCUCAGAAUAGACGAGCUACAGGUGGUCAAAACUGGUGGGACUCCUAAAGUUCCAGAUUGUUUUCAGCGAACACCUAAAAAGCUCUGUAUCCCUGAAAAGGCUGAGAUUCUUGCGGUAAAUGUUGACUCCAAAGGAGUCCAUGCAGUGCUGAAAACUGGUAACUGGGUUAGAUACUGUAUCUUUGACCUGGCCACCGGCAAAGCAGAGCAGGAGAAUAAUUUUCCUACCAGUAACCUGGCUUUCCUGGGGCAGAGCGAGCGCAACGUGGCCAUCUUCACUGCAGGACAGGAGUCUCCCAUCAUCCUCCGAGAUGGAAAUGGUACAAUCUACCCCAUGGCCAAAGACUGCAUGGGUGGGAUACGAGAUCCUGAUUGGUUGGACCUGCCCCCCAUAAACAGCCUGGGAAUGGGGGUUCACUCUCUAGUCAAUCUUCCAUCUAACUCCACGAUAAAAAAGAAAGCUGCAAUUAUUAUCAUGGCUGUCGAGAAACAGACACUGAUGCAGCAUGUGCUGCGCUGUGACUACGAGGCGUGUCGGCAGUAUCUGGUGAACCUGGAGCAGGCCUUCCUUUUAGAUCAGGGCAGCCAAGCGCUUGGGGCACUACUCGGGCAUCGAUGUGAUGGAAACCGGAACAUCCUCCAUGCUGCCGUCUCUGUGUGCUUCCCCGUCAGUAACAAGGAAACCAAAGAGGAGGAAGAGGCUGAAAGGUCAGAGAGAAACACAUUUGCAGAGCGCCUGUCUGCCGUGGAGGCGAUUGCCAAUGCCAUUUCUGUGGUUUCAAGCAACAGUUCUGGAAAUAGGACUGGCUCCUCCAGUAGCAGAGGGCUUCGUCUAAGAGAGAUGAUGCGGAGGUCCCUGAGGGCGGCAGGGCUCGGCCGUCAUGAAUCUGGCCCAUCGUCCAGUGACCACCAGGACCCUGUUUCGCCACCCAUUGCUCCGCCAAGUUGGGUCCCUGAUCCUCCACCAAUGGACCCGGAUGGAGACAUUGACUUCAUUCUGGCACCAGCUGUCGGUUCUCUCACCACUGCCUCCACUGGUACCAGCCAGGGACCCAGCACUUCCACCAUACCAGGGCCAUCAACUGAGCCGUCUGUGGUUGAGUCUAAAGACAGGAAAGCCAAUGCCCACCUAAUCCUGAAGCUGAUGUGUGACAGCGUUGUUUUGAGACCCCACCUUCGGGAGCUGCUCUCAGCAAAGGAUGCCAGAGGAAUGACCCCAUUCAUGUUGGCUGUCAGUGGCAGAGCCUACCCAGCAGCCAUCACGGUGCUUGAGGCUGCUCAAAAAAUGGCUAAAGUGGGCGACACGGGCAUCACAGAAAAGGAGGAUGCAGAUUCUGUGUUUAUGGAAAUGAUAUGCCCCUCGGGAACCAACCCAGAUGAUUCACCACUAUAUGUGCUCUGCUGCAACGACACCUGCAGCUUCACUUGGACCGGAGCAGAACACAUCAACCAGGACAUAUUUGAAUGUCGAACGUGUGGCCUCCUGGAGUCCCUCUGCUGCUGCACUGAGUGUGCGAGAGUCUGCCACAAAGGACACGACUGCAAACUGAAAAGGACCUCUCCUACAGCUUACUGCGAUUGUUGGGAGAAGUGCAAAUGUAAAACCUUGAUAGCUGGCCAGAAGGCUGCUCGCCUGGAUCUGUUGUACAGGCUACUAACAACCACCAACUUGGUCACCACACCAAACAGCAGGGGAGAGCACAUUCUACUGUUCCUGGUGCAGACUGUUGCCAGACAAAGUGUUGAGCAUUGUCAGUACAGACCACCACGCAUCCGAGAGGACAGGAACCGCAAGGCUGCUAAUGCAGAAGACUCUGACAUGCCAGACCAUGACCUUGAACCUCCUCGCUUUGCUCAGCUGGCUCUGGAGAGGGUCCUGCAGGACUGGAAUGCACUCAAAUCCAUGAUUAUGUUUGGUUCUCAGGAAAAUAAAGACCCACUUAGUGCCAGCAGCAGAAUCGCCCACCUCCUGCCUGAGGAGCAGGUCUACUUGAAUCAGCAGAGUGGCACCAUACGCCUCGACUGUUUCACACACUGCCUCAUUGUCAAGUGCGCUCCUGACAUUACUUUCAUAGACACUCUGCUGGGUACUCUGGUAAAGGAACUGCAGAAUAAAUACACUCCUGGCCGCAGAGAGGAGGCCGUCAACGUCACUAGACGGUUCCUGCGUUCUGUUGCUCGAGUGUUUGUUAUCCUCAGUGUGGAGAUGGCUUCAUCCAAGAAGAAAAACAAUUUUAUCCCCCAGCCCAUUGGGAAAUGCCGGCGUGUUUUCCAGGCUCUCCUGCCUUAUGCUGUGGAAGAGCUCUGUAAUGUGGCUGAGUCACUGAUCGUUCCGGUGCGAAUGGGUAUCGCAAGACCUACCGCUCCGUUCACUUUGGCCAGCACCAGUAUCGAUGCAGUGCAGGGCAGCGAAGAGCUUUUCUCUGUUGAACCGCUGCCUCCUAGACCCUCACCAGACCAGUCCAGCAGCUCAAGCCAAACUGCCGCCUCUUAUAUCAUCAGAAACCCUCAGCCCCGCCGCAGCAGCCAGUCUCAGCCUGUUCGAGGAAGAGAUGAGGAGCAGGACGACAUCGUAUCGGCAGAUGUGGAAGAGGUUGAAGUUGUGGAAGGAGUAGCUGGUGAGGAAGACCAUCACGAUGAUCAAGAGGAACAGGGUGAGGAAAACGCAGAGGCUGAGGGGCAGCAUGAUGAGCACGAUGAAGACGGUAGCGACAUGGAGUUGGAUCUGCUUGCCGCUGCUGAAACAGAGAGCGACAGUGAAAGUAACCACAGCAAUCAGGACAACGCCAGUGGGCGCAGGAGCGUGGUCACAGCAGCAACCGCUGGCUCCGAAGCCGGCAGUAGGGUGUCCUUGGCAUUUCCUAUUUUUGGUGCCAGCAGUGUCCCUGCCUUCUUUUCAGAGGAUGACUCCCAGUCCAAUGACUCGAGCGACUCGGACAGCAGCAGCAGUCAAAGUGACGACGUGGACCAGGAGACGUUUCUGUUGGACGAGCCACUAGAAAGGACCACCAGUGCUUCACAUGUUAACAGCGCAGCCCAGGCUCCCCGCUCCAUGCAGUGGGCUGUGAGAAACACCCCGAACCAACGGGCAAGUGGUAGCGCUCCGUCCAGCUCCUCAACAACAGCUACAAGCUCCACAGGCUUGAUAUAUAUCGACCCCACCAACCUGCGCCGCUCCAGUGCAAUCAGCUCCAGCGCUGCGGCAGCAGCUGCGGCUUUGGAGGCCAGCAACUCCAGUAGCUACCUGACCUCUGCCAGCAGUCUCGCCCGUGCCUACAGCAUUGUCAUCAGGCAGAUAUCAGAUCUCAUGAGUUUGAUUCCGAAAUAUAACCACCUUGUCUACUCCCAGUAUCCCGCAGCUGUGAAGCUCUCCUACCAAGAUGCAGUCAACCUGCAGAAUUAUGUUGAGGAAAAGCUCAUCCCCACUUGGAAUUGGAUGGUUUCCAUCAUGGAUUCCACGGAGGCUCAGUUGCGAUAUGGCUCAGCUCUGUCCUCUGCCGGAGACCCCGGUCACCCCAGUCACCCGCUCCACGCCUCCCAGCAUUCCGCACGCCGGGAACGUAUGACUGCCCGGGAGGAGGCCAGCCUGCGCACUUUGGAAGGGCGCAGGAGAGCGGCCACACUGCUGACUGCUCGUCAGGGCAUGAUGUCAGCACGGGGUGACUUUCUGAACUACGCCCUCUCCCUGAUGCGUUCCCACAACGAUGAGCAUUCUGACGUGCUCCCCGUCCUGGACGUGUGCUCGCUGAAACAUGUGGCCUACGUUUUCCAGGCUCUUAUCUAUUGGAUAAAGGCCAUGAACCAGCAAACAACUCUGGAUACCCCACAGAUGGACAGGAAGAGGAAUAGAGAAAUUUUGGAACUUGGUUUGGACAAUGAGGAUUCUGAGCACGAGAAUGACGAGGACACCAAUCAAAGUUCAACUCUGCAGGACAAAGAUGAGGACCCUGUUCCAGCGGAGACAGGACAGAACCACCCCUUCUUCCGCCGUUCUGACUCAAUGACCUUCUUGGGCUGCAUCCCACCGAAUCCCUUUGAUGUUCCUUUGGCAGAAGCCAUCCCACUGGCAGAUCAGCCUCAUCUCCUACAGCCUAAUGCCAGAAAGGAGGAUCUGUUCGGGCGUCCCUCUCAGGGCUUGUACUCUUCUUCUUACAUGACAACCAAAGGCCUGGCUGACACAAACAUGGACAGGAACUGCCUGGAGGUAAACAUGGGCUCCUCUCUACCCUCCCCCUCUCAGAUUCUGCCUACAAAGAUGUCUUACUCGGCCAACCUGAAGAAUGUCAUGAGCAUGGAGACUGGCCAGCGGAGCUCUGAGAACCAGUCAGCCGGAGAGCAGGAGAUGGAGGCUUCAAAACCAGGCCCUUCUCCUCAUGACCUCGCUGCCCAGCUCAAAAGCAGCCUACUGGCUGAGAUUGGCCUCACCGAAAGCGACGGCCCGCCUCUCCCCUCGUUCAGGCCUCACUGCAGCUUCAUGGGGAUGAUGAUAUCUCAUGAUAUGCUACUUGGCCGCUGGCGCCUGUCACUUGAGCUCUUUGGUCGUGUCUUCAUGGAGGAUGUCGGAGCUGAACCUGGAUCGAUUCUCACAGAGCUUGGUGGCUUUGAGGUGAAAGAAUCCAAGUUCCGGCGAGAGAUGGAGAAGCUUAGAAACCUGCAGUCCCGCGACUUGGCCCUAGAAGUGGACCGUGACCGAGACCAGUUAAUCCAGCAGACCAUGCGUCAGCUGAAUGCCCACUUCGGCAGGCGGUGCACCACCACGCCCAUGGCCGUCCACCGGGUGAAAGUCACUUUCAAAGACGAGCCGGGAGAGGGCAGCGGCGUGGCCCGCAGCUUCUACACAGCCAUAGCGCUGGCCCUCCUCUCAAACGACAAGCUGCCCAACCUGGACUGUGUUCAGAGUGUCAGCAAGGGCAUGCAGGCCAGCAGUACGUGUCAUCACGAUUAUUAUUCAAAUCUAAUGCAGCGUCUGAGGAACCGAGACCGGGAAAGAGAAAGAAGAAGUGGAGGGCUUCGAGCAGGUUCUCGGAGAGACCGAGAUAGAGAUUCAAGGAGGCAGCUGUCAAUAGACACCAGGCCUUUCAGACCCUCAUCAGAGGGAAAUCCCAGCGAUGAGCCAGAUCCUCUGCCUGCACACAGACAAGCCCUUGGAGAAAGACUUUACCCGCGAGUUCAUGCAAUGCAGCCGGCAUUUGCCAGUAAAAUUACCGGCAUGUUGCUGGAACUGUCCCCUGCUCAGCUGCUGCUGCUGCUGGCCAGCGAGGAUUCUCUCCGAGCCAGAGUGGAAGAGGCCAUGGAGCUCCUCAUAGCACAUGGAAGGGAAAAUGGUGCUGACAGCAUACUGGAUCUGGGUCUUCCUGAGGCUCCAGAAAAAGCGCAGCAGCAGGAAAACCGAAAGCGUCAUGGUUCCACCCGCAGUGUGGUCGACAUGGAGCUGGACGACCCGGAUGACGGGGACGAUAACGCUCCUCUGUUCUACCAACCAGGCAAACGGGGCUUUUACUCCCCUCGACCGGGCAAAAAUACAGAGGCCAGGCUCAACUGUUUCCGCAACAUCGGCAGAAUACUGGGGUUAUGUCUGCUGCAGAAUGAACUCUGUCCUAUCACACUGAAUAGACACGUCAUCAAAGUGCUUCUUGGUAGAAAGGUGAACUGGCAUGACUUUGCAUUCUUUGACCCGGUCAUGUACGAGAGCCUGCGGCAGCUGAUCCGCCAUUCGCUGGCUGGUGAAGCGGAGGCAGUUUUUGCUGCCAUGGAUCUGGCUUUCGCUAUUGACCUCUGUAAGGAAGAAGGAGCUGGACAGGUGGAGCUUCUGUCUGGUGGGGUCAACAUGCCUGUAACCCCCCUCAACGUGUACGAGUAUGUGAGGAAGUAUGCAGAGCACAGAAUGCUGGUGGUGGCUGAGCAACCGCUCCAUGCAAUGAGGAAAGGCUUGCUGGAUGUACUCCCUAAAAACGCGCUGGAGGACUUGACGGCCGAGGACUUCCGGCUGCUGGUUAACGGCUGUGGAGAGGUCAACGUCCAGAUGCUGAUCAGCUUUACCUCCUUCAACGAUGAAUCGGGAGAAAAUGCAGACAAACUGCUCCAGUUUAAGCGAUGGUUUUGGUCUAUAGUGGAAAAGAUGAGUAUGACUGAGAGGCAAGACCUGGUGUACUUCUGGACCUCCAGCCCAUCUCUGCCAGCCAGCGAGGAGGGUUUCCAGCCAAUGCCCUCCAUCACCAUCAGGCCUCCAGACGACCAGCACCUCCCCACAGCCAAUACCUGCAUCUCGCGUCUCUACGUGCCACUCUACUCUUCUAAACAGAUACUCAAACAAAAACUCCUGCUAGCCAUUAAGACCAAGAAUUUUGGUUUUGUGUAGAGGUUCAACAACAACAAAAAAAAAAAGUUUAAAAAAAGGAAAAAAAGAACAUGUUUACUGUUGUGUAAUAUUUACCUAGCUCCAUUUUUGUAGAUUUAUUUUUUUGUCCAAGCAAUUUUAUGAAAUUCGACAUACUGUCGCUAUCUCCCCAUGUGGUAAUAUUUGUUUGUGUUGUGAACACAAACGGCUUAUUUUUAUUUCAGUUUUUAUUGUUUUUCGUUCCUUUUGUGUUAAUGAAGAGGUAUAUGGUCCAGAACAUUCCUGCAUUGGCACUGUAAAAUGUAAAGCCCUCAGCUCUGCUCUAUUGGCAUAAACCUUUGCUUCCCGGGAAUUGGGUGUGACCGAAAGCCGUCAACCGAAAAACCUAGCCAAAGAUGACAGCAGUAGAAAUAUUUAAAAGGAGAAAAGACACACUGUGAUUAUUAUUAUUUCUUUUUCUUUCUUCCCUAGAAAAGUACUAUCACUGACAGUUCACUGCUGCCUUUGUGGAAAGUCCUUUUUUUUUUUUCUUGUACAGGGGGAGUAGGGAAUUUCAAAAUAAACUUGGAUGCAAAUAA